CCGGGAAGCGCGUUUCUGCGCCGCCACACCGACGGACGGACAGACGGAGUGUGAUCAGUGCGCCUCGGCUGCUGUGCUCUGCCUUCCUCUCUCUCUCUCUCUCUCUCUCUCUCUGUGUGUCACCCCGAGACCUCCCCGCUCCAGUCCAGAUUGGGGAUCGAGGUACCAGAUUGACCGGAUUCACCACGCCGAGCAGCAUGUAGCACCUGGAGCUCCGCGCUCAUCGCCUCCCUCCUGCGCUCCUCCUCCGUCUUCUGUCCCUCCCGGAGCGGUCAUUUCUCUACCCGGGAAAGCAAAGCCUGCAUAAGGAUUUUGGGGGAUUUUUUUGGGGUGGGUGGGGGGAUUUAUUUAUUUUAGAGGAGUGUCUGUGUGUGUUCAUCCCCGCCGCUCUGCACCUCUCGGUCGAUGGUCGUUGAGGAAGCUUCCAUCUUGAGUCCCGUAAAUACCGAGAGAACCAUGGCGAGCGACUCCCCAGCGCGGAGUCUGGACGAGAUAGACCUGUCUGCACUACGGGACCCAGCUGGUAUCUUUGAGCUGGUCGAACUGGUUGGAAAUGGCACCUAUGGGCAGGUCUACAAGGGUCGCCAUGUCAAAACAGGCCAGCUUGCUGCCAUCAAGGUCAUGGACGUCACCGGAGAUGAGGAGGAGGAGAUUAAAGCUGAGAUCAACAUGUUGAAGAAGUACAGCCACCACAGGAACAUUGCAACCUACUACGGAGCCUUCGUCAAGAAGAACCCUCCUGGAGUGGAUGACCAGCUUUGGCUGGUGAUGGAGUUCUGCGGGGCCGGCUCGGUGACAGAUCUGAUCAAAAACACCAAAGGGAACUCGCUGAAGGAGGAGUGGAUCGCCUACGUCUGCAGAGAGAUCCUCAGGGGUCUGACCCAUCUCCACCAGCACAAGGUCAUCCACAGAGAUAUCAAGGGCCAGAACGUGUUGCUGACAGAGAACGCAGAAGUUAAACUGGUGGACUUUGGUGUGAGCGCUCAGCUGGACCGUACGGUAGGACGCAGGAACACGUUUAUCGGGACUCCAUACUGGAUGGCCCCGGAGGUCAUCGCCUGUGACGAGAACCCCGACGCCACAUAUGACUUCAAGAGUGAUUUGUGGUCGCUCGGUAUCACAGCUAUAGAGAUGGCAGAGGGAGCGCCGCCUCUGUGUGACAUGCAUCCAAUGAGAGCGCUCUUCCUCAUCCCCAGAAAUCCUGCCCCCAGACUCAAGUCUAAGAAGUGGUCGAAGAAGUUCCAGUCGUUCAUAGACAGCUGUCUGGUGAAGAGCCACAGUCAGAGGCCGAGCACCGAGCAGCUCCUCAAACACCCGUUCAUCAGGGACCUUCCCAACGAGCGGCAGGUCCGCAUCCAGCUGAAGGACCACAUCGACCGCACCAAGAAGAGGAGGGGGGAGAGGGAUGAGACGGAGUACGAGUACAGUGGGAGCGAGGAGGAGGAUGAAGAGAGGGACGUUGGAGAGCCCAGUUCCAUCAUCAACAUUCCCGGCGAGUCCACUCUGAGGCGGGACUUCCUGCGCCUCCAGCUGGCCAAUAAGGAGCGAUCGGAGCUGAUCCGGCGUCAGCAGCUGGAGCAGCAGCAGAACGAGGAACACAAGCGGCAACUAUUGGCUGAGAGGCAGAAACGUAUCGAGGAGCAGAAGGAACAGAGGCGACGGCUGGAGGAGCAGCAGCGCCGGGAGCGAGACAUGAGGAAGCAGCAGGAGCGGGAACAGAGGAGGAGGUACGAAGAGAUGGAGCAGCUCCGCCGGGAGGAGGAGAGAAGGCACGCGGAGAGAGAACAGGAGUAUAUCCGUAGACAGCUGGAGGAGGAGCAGAGGCAGCUGGAGAUCCUGCAGCAGCAGCUCCUGCAGGAGCAGGCCUUACUGCUGGAGUACAAGAGGAAGCAGAUAGAGGAGCAGCGGCAGGCCGAGCGGCUGCAGAGGCAGCUGCAGCAGGAGCGAGCCUACCUGGUGUCGCUGCAGCAGCAGCAGCAGCAGGAGCCGCCGCGGCCGCCGCAGGACAAAAAGCAGCUGUACCACUACAAAGACCAGGCGCCCAGCACCAACGACAAGCCCGCCUGGGCCCAAGAGGUGAUGCGUCGAGCUCAGAGCAACUCGCCUCGUAUCCCUCCCAAGAAACACCACUCUUUCAAGGAGACGAAGGACGUCAACCUCGACAACCUCCUCUUACUCCCCGGUUACAAACCCCUUCGCCCCCGCCCCCCUUCCUACCCCGCCCAUGACAGUCCCUCCAGGGAUAAUAACCCCCACAUGCCUCAAAUCCGUGUCACCUGUGUCCCUGAGUUCUCCCAGCCGCUGAGCCCCGAGUCCAGGGGCCGGACCCCCAGCCGCCGGGUGGAGGAGCAUUAUAAGAUGAACAGACAGACUUCUCCUGCAUUGCAGCAUAAAGUCUCCAACCGGAUCUCGGACCCGUCGCUGCCGCCCCGCUCCGAGUCCUUCAGCAGCGGAGGCAUCCAGCAGGCCCGGACCCCGCCGAUGCACCGCUCCGUAGAACCACAGAUGGCCCACCUGGUGCAGGUGAAGAGUCACGGUCUGUCAGGGUCCCAGUCUCUGUACGACCCCCACGGCGUGUCCUCCUCCUCGGCGUCACCCUCCCCCUCCCGGCCUCCCAUGCCCCGGCAGAACUCCGACCCCACCUCCGACACCCCUCCUCCCCCGCCCCUCUCCCGCCUGGCGCCCCCCCUCGACAAGUUGGACCGCAGCUCCUGGCUGCGGCAGGACGACGACAUGCCGCCCAAGGUUCCUCAGAGGACGACCUCCAUCUCUCCUGCUCUGGUCAGGAAGCACUCUCCUGGAAAUGGACCUGGCCUUGGACCUCGGGCUGGAGCUCACCUCAUACGUGCUAGCAACCCUGACCUGCGGCGGACCGACGUUUCCAUGGAUACACCGCUGAAGAGGACGAGCAGCGGCAGCUCCUCCAGCUCCAGCACCCCGAGCUCCCAGGGAGGCUCCAACGAACGAGGUAAUUCAGCCAUUAAGACUGACGGCUCGACACUUUCUUCCCACGAGACCAAAGACGACAGCAGAGAAGUGACACGACCCAGCAGGCCUGCAAGCUAUAAGAAAGCUGUAGACGAGGAGGAGUUGGACCUGACAGCUCUGGCCAAAGAGCUCAGGGAGCUGCGACAGGGGGAGGAAACCAGCCGCCCGCCCGUCAAAGUGACGGACUACUCUUCAUCCAGCGAGGACUCUCACAGCAGCGAGGACGAGGAGGGAGAGGGCGGGCCUAAUGACGGAACAGUGGCUGUCAGUGACAUACCACGCAUCAUGCCAGCGAGUCAAGGUACCAACGAGUCCUUCGGCAUGAUGGGAGGUCAAAACGACGCCCACGACGACUCGUAUGGAAACAGCUCCCAGGAAAGCACCCUGAUGAUGCGCGAGAAACAUAGGGAACGGAGGCGGAGCUCUACCGCCAGCAAUGGUUUUCCUGGCAACGCUAAUCUGUUCGCUGGCAACGCCAAUCUCCCUGAUUUGGUACAGCAAAGCACCUCCCCUCUGGUCUCCCCUGGCGACGCCUCUGGGGCCCAAUACGGGAUGGGAAGCGGCGGAGGCUCCAAGGCUUCCUUCACACCGUUCGUUGAUCCGAGGGUGUACGGCACCUCCCCGACUGACGACGACGAUAACAUCUCUGCCUCAGCGCUGUUUGCUGAUGAGCUGCUGAAGCAGGAGCAGGCGAGGCUCAACGAGGCCAGGAAGAUCUCUGUGGUCAACGUGAACCCGACCAACAUCAGGCCGCACAGCGACACCCCGGAGAUCCGCAAAUACAAGAAACGCUUCAACUCUGAGAUCCUCUGCGCUGCUCUCUGGGGAGUGAACCUGCUGGUGGGGACAGAGAACGGCCUGAUGUUGCUGGAUAGAAGUGGUCAAGGAAAAGUUUACAACCUGAUCAAUCGACGGCGCUUCCAACAGAUGGAAGUCCUGGAGGGACUCAACGUCCUGGUCACCAUCUCAGGGAAGAAGAACAAGCUGCGUGUUUACUACCUGUCCUGGCUGAGGAACAGGAUAUUACACAACGACCCUGAAGUGGAAAAGAAACAGGGCUGGAUCACUGUUGGGGAGCUGGAGGGCUGCGUGCACUACAAAGUCGUGAAGUACGAGAGGAUUAAAUUUUUAGUGAUUGCUCUGAAGAACGCAGUGGAGAUCUACGCCUGGGCGCCUAAACCUUACCACAAGUUUAUGGCCUUCAAGUCGUUCACUGACCUGCAGCACCGCCCCCAGCUGGUGGACCUGACUGUGGAGGAGGGGCAGAGGUUAAAGGUCAUCUACGGCUCCAGCGUUGGCUUCCACGUCAUCGAUGUGGACUCUGGCAACCCCUACGACAUCUACAUCCCCUCACAUAUUCAGGGUCAGGUGACCCCGCACGCCAUCGUGGUUCUGCCCAAGACGGACGGCAUGGAGAUGCUGCUGUGCUACGAGGACGAGGGCGUCUACGUCAACACCUACGGACGCAUCACCAAAGACGUGGUGCUGCAGUGGGGCGAGAUGCCCACCUCCGUCGCCUACAUCCACUCCAACCAGAUCAUGGGCUGGGGAGAGAAGGCCAUUGAGAUCCGCUCCGUGGAAACGGGACACCUCGACGGAGUUUUCAUGCACAAGCGAGCUCAGCGACUGAAGUUCCUGUCCGAGAGGAACGACAAGGUUUUCUUCGCCUCAGUGCGUUCCGGCGGCAGCAGUCAAGUCUUCUUCAUGACCCUCAACAGAAGCUCCAUGAUGAACUGGUAACCCUUCUCCUUCGACCCACAACCCUCCUCUUCUUCACUCUGACGUCCGGAGAGAGGGACGGAGGGAUGAGGAGGACAGUGUGUGUGUGUGUGUGUGUGUGUGUGAGUGAAUACAAAGUGUGUGUGUGUUUGUAGAGGACAUCAACAAGCUGCUGAACAGACAAUUGAGCAACUGGAGGAAGAGUUAAACUGCAGGAGCGUGUCCCCCGAUAUAGAUACCCUCCAACUAUAGGGGUCGCUAAAGGCCCCGUGGAUGGUGUCACUGCCUGCUGGAAAAGAGGUGACUCCACAAACUGACAGUGACGCCUUUCGCCUUCCCUGUGGACUGUUCGAAUGGGCUGAUGGCUGUUCUUGAGAGUUUGGAUCCAGGCUUUUAAGGACGCUGACAUCGUGCCGAGUAGCCUUUUACUUCCCCGUGUGACUGAAUGGGGAGCUGCAGAGAAGUUCUCUGUGUAGCACAUUAAUGAUUUCUUACAGGGUGUUCACACUGCGAGUACAAUUUGCCGUCUUGUUUGUUGGUGGGGAUGCAGGUGUUCUGACUCCAGGCAUGUUUUACUGCUCUGUGGUGUAGUGAGAAAUCACUGCUGGCUGUUAAGGUAGCAUCAGAAGAAGAACUUGAGCUUGUCUUUGACCCAAAUAGAGGAUGCAACAGUUUUUGAGCUGAAUUAAAAUCAGGAAACUCAGUAUAUUUACACUAAGCUGGCCUCCAAUUGGCCUUGUGUCCACACUGGUUCCCAAAAAUGUAGCUUAUUGAACACAAAGUCGAUAAAUAAUUAAACUCUAACCAAAUGUUUAACUGUGGACACACAAGAAAGGGCCUUUGGAAAACAACAACACGCCCUCUGUCCUUAGACCCUCGAUCCGGAAAAGGGAAAACUCCCAAAAACCCUUUUAACAAGGUAAAAAGAUCCCAGUAAGGCAGUAAAGUUAAUGUUGGCUGUGACGCCCAGUGGAAUUGUUUGUCGGUCCUCGUCGAUACUUCGAGGACAGUCCACUGCAAUGGGGGAUUUCAGAUUGUCGUGGAGGAAAGUUGACAAUCGUGAGAGAGAAUGUGGUGAAAUCUUUGGACGUAAAUCCAAACGAUGGUUCUGCAUCUCAGUGUUUCGUCCGCAGCCUGCGUCAAAUUAAUUACUCCCACAGUGCGACUGCUGCUACGACUCACAUCUACCAUCCAACUGAAAUAAGACAUGACUCAGAAUACACAGGCAAGCUAAUGUUAUCACUCUGCAAAAUAUUAUGAUCCCCUGCCCAAGGUGGAUGAUGCAAAUUGAUACUUGCAUCCGCUUUUUUGUUUGUUUUUUAUUUACGUUUUAGAGAUACAGUUCAGCAGACAUUCAUCACACAACCUGACAUGCUUACCGUCUGGCACUAACUGACCCUUCGCUAAGCCACGCCCCCCUUAGUUACUGUUGCUAAGUACGACAAACUGUCGGACCUGACGGACUUUUAGCACGGCGCUGCCACUGUUUAUUACUGCACUCCCUUUUUCUGGAUUUAUUUUAGGUUUCAGUUAGAGAGAGUCCUAUACUGCGCUGUGAUUGGCCAGCCACGUGUUCGGGGAGUGGCUUAGCAAAGGGCCAAUUGUGACCAAGACUUUAUUAGACUCAUCUGAACUCCUAACGUUGUUGUUAUUGCACAAUGUAUAGGCACCUUUAAAAGAGAUGUUCCAAUUGUUGAGGCAUUUAAGUUUAAAGUCUUUACAAAAAUCAACCUAACGUGGACAAAUGUAAUUUUCAAACUCUUCCAAUUUAGCCGGUAAAGUGUGGACAAUCAGCCUUUAACCUGAGCUACUGGCCAAAUGUUGACUUCAAAUUAUAUAUAUGAUGGUUCUUGUUCAUUGUUAUCACCUAAACCACUUCUGGUGGUGAUGACUGGUCAACUGAAUAUCAGUGGAUGUUUUGUAGACUAAAAUCUUGUAGCAAAAACUCAAGGGUGUCUUCUCUGCGUUGUCAGACGCUUUCUUCGUAAAAGCAAAAAUCAGACGGGGCUACGUCAGAAUCCGUUGAACUUGAAAUUUCAGCUGUGGCCGACACGCUUGCUGUUUCCUGAUCAUUGCUGUAUCUGUAGGAAAUGAAAGGACCUGCUGAGACUUGAUGACGGUGUUGCUCACAGUGUGAACACUCAUUUUGAGUGCUGCUGCUGAAACACCUUUUAACUCUCUUCCCUGUUAGAAGAGAGAAAAACUGCAAACAAGCUGUUAGUGUCACAAAAACGAGACAUUUUCCAUUUGUCACUGAGGAUGCUGCACAGUUGGUUUCAGCCACUCUGGCUACUUUGUCCUGGUAUGUUUCUGGUAGGGAAAGGAAGGUUGUAGAUAUUGUAUAAUUGCUGCAACAGCAACACAAUAACAGAAUCUUCACAUUGUUUCUCACAAGAAGAACUUGGCGUAGAGUAGUUGCCAACUUCUGGAGGUUUCUUCCUUCGCUGCCCUUUGUUCUCUCCACCCUUUUCUGCCCUUGCUGUUCUGUGUACACUGCACCUGUGUAAAUACUCACUUUGAUGUUAAGGACAGACUUUACAAAGCAGGUGAGAACACUGAAGAAAAAAAAAAACGGUCUCGCUUUCUUUCUUUUUUUGUCACACCUCUGUAAAUCUGUCCGUUCUUGUACUUUCUCUCAGAUGGGAGUUUUAUUGUUUCUGACCAACGAGCCGAGCGAAGACUUACAAAAAAGUUUGGUUUGGGUUUUAACUCCGAGUUUACUCUUUCUCUCUGUAAUUCAUCGCUGUUUAUUUAGUUGUGCAUUUUGCAUGGAGACAUACAUGUUUUAUCUGUCAUCACUUGUUAUGAAUUGUAAGUUUAAGGCAAUACGCUGACUGGCCUGACUGUAGACACUUGGCUGUCAGACUCAAACUUUCUACGUGAGUUCAAAAGCAUUUUUCUCACAACACUGAGCUGUAAAUUGAAAGUUUUAACUUAGCCUAGCAUAUAAAUCAGAUAAAUCAAGAUUGUACACUGGAUAAUUACACAUUUACCAUUAAAUUUAUAUUUUAGACAUUUUGUUCAGGCUAUAAAGAGCAAGCAGGACGGGGCUUUGCAUCACUUUGGAUGACGUUUUCUAUUUUUUUGAAGAUGGUCUCUGUAAACGCUGAUGUUUUGGGGAUUGUGAUCAGGCUGCGAGAGAGGAGAGUGGUUCAUCUUUUACUUGAUUUUCUUUUAUUGUUCAUUGGUCUUAAAGGAUGCGACGGGUGUAAGUGAUGCCGCUUUAAGGCCAGCUGAAGCCUUUUACAUGUGCAGGAUGUUAGCAUUAAUCAACACCCUGUGAAUAAAGGUCAGGAGGCAGGGUCGGUUUGAGAAACCAUAGAUAAAAAGAUAUAUAUACUGUAAGAACUUUUUGUUAUGAUGAUAUCUUACUGAUCAUUUUAGGGAAAGACAAAAAAAUAAUGUUCACUUAUCAAAGCUUAGUUGUCUUUCUACAGAAUAGAGAACAUAGCUAUAAGAAUUUCUAAAAAAAAAUACAAUGUUUUUAUUGUGGUUUUAUUUGUAUUUGUAUUUCAAUUUUUGUACGUAUCAAGACUGUGAACGUAUGUACGGCUGUCAGGCUGUGAGUGUGUGUGUGUGUGUGUGUUUGAGUGUGUAGGUGAGCAGGUGUGUGCACAGGUGUGUGACAUGCAUGUGAGUGUAUGUUUUCACCAUGUCUGAAUCACUGGAAUCAGUCAAAAGACGACCUCAAUCUGGUAACGCACAUCUGUGAUGUUGGAAAUUCUACAAUAAAUGUCCUCUCCUUGUACAGCAA